AUGCCUUCCUUCAGCCCCUCCGUCACGCUCCUUACCGUCGCCAUCAUCCUCUUGUUCGCACGCCCUGCGAAUGCUUUCGGCGCCGGCAACAUCGCUUCGAUUUCAAAGGUCGAAGGUCUCAACUGGCGCCAUGGCGAUAUCGAAGAUACCCUCCUGAGCCUCGUCAUGGCGAGAGUCGCCGGGGGAAAGAAGUUUGAUAAGAUGUCCGUCAAGAGGGUUUACUUUGGAAAUUGGCUCCGGGAUUAUUCUCAAGCAAUCGACGUAGGCACCGUCAAGUACGUUUCCGCAGAAGCUAUCCGCAUCCUGCUCUGGGUCCUGGGGUUCAUGACAUUUGGCUAUGGUACGGGCGAGUUCGAAGUCACGGCCUACCGUCUGGGUUGCUACCGCCCUGAAGACCACAUCGACAACCCAAAAGAUUAUGCCGACAACCUCGAUGCCACUCAAUACGAUCCCAGACUGCGUCCUCCUGUCAAUGAGCACAUCGAGUUGGCCGUAGAUCCCCGCACCGGUCUGAAGAACUACAUCGCCAACGAACAGGCGGGAAUCAUGACCUCGGCCCUGCAUGUGAGGAAGCUGUUCGGGGAGUGUAUCAGAUUGGGCAGGUCAUAUGCUAGAAGUAGAAACAAGGCUGAGCUGUACGAGGCGCUUCGUUUGCUGGGCACUGGACUCCACUGCUUAGAGGGAAACAACUACACCGAGCUGGCGCUCAUCGAGAUGGGAGAACGUGAUGUCUUCCCCCACGUCGGCCGGCAGACCCAAAUCCGUCUCCAGGGGGCUCAACAUCCCGUCUAUCCAAUCGUCACGGGAACCUUUGGAGGAGUCGACUUCUUACACUCGGUCUUAGGUGAAUUUGACGACAAAACCACCCAAUCUGAGAUCCAAGAGCUCGAAGGGACCAUGACGAACUCAAGCCACGCCGACACCAGCUUCCUCAAAGAACUUCUUAACUCGGUCCCAUCCGGUCUAUUCGGCAACAAAGACCAGGCUGGAAAAGCAGACGAACUGCAAGCACAUGCCGCAGCUGCACAGAUGUCCCAAAUGCGCGUUUCUCCUCGCCAACCUGAAGCGUUCACUCUCCAGAUGCAACAAGUUGCCAAGGACAUCUACCCAAUUAUUGAAUGGCACGAUGAAAUUAUGCAGCAGAUUACUGAGGCUAUUGAAAAGAUCCCUAUCCUGCCAGAUCUUAUCGAACAGAUUGAGAACGAGGUGAACGUCUUUGUGUUCAGCCUGCUUGCUCCAAUUGUCGUACCGAUCAUCAACCAGAUCAAGACAGAGUUGAACGAAGGCUCCUCGGAAAUCAUCCAGAGCUCCAAGGACAAACAGUUGAUCGUAUUCUAUGACGAUAAUUCCUCCAAUCCUACCCACUCUAUGUUGUCCAAGGAUCAUUUCUCCAAUAUCCUCAAUGAACCAGCAGGCAAAAUCGCCUCUCAGGUCCUUAAGUGGGUAGUUCCUCAGCUCAUGCAAUGCUGGGACGACGAGCGAAUCGAUCCAAACCGAACCAUCAACCGCAUCAUUAAUGGCGUCUUCCAUCACCCAGCCCAACGGAUGAUGGGCGAAGAUGGUGCCGCCGAUGGGCGAAGACUGAUGUUUGGUGUCGUCGAGCAGUGGUGGCGCUCAAAGGACGAGUAUUCACAGGAGGAAUUCCGAAGGAAGUUAUCUAGAGAUGGGGUCAUGAAUGGCGAAAACCACAUAGAAGGCGUACACGACACUGGUCACGGAUGUGGAAAGCCUUUGGGAAUGGCCAAGUCGGGCCUGAGUGGUCCAUCAGGUCCUGGUGGGACCGCAGCUGGCGCUAUCAUGGGUGAGCUGUCUGCUGCUCUCGGUUCAGGAGGCGCACACGGAGGUUCCUCUGGCAUCGAAAAUAUUGUAGGAGAAGCCGUGGGCGGUGGUGCCUUGGGCGGGUUAGUAGGCGCACUGGCUGGCGAGGCGGGCGGCAGCCUCUUAUCCAACGCAUUCUCUGGUGGAUACACGCGCCAAGGAGGUUAUCAGCAAAGCUAUACCGAAAUCGCACAUGGUGGGAACAACGAAUACGCCCAAGCUCAAUACUCCGAGACCCAACUUCCUGGCGGUGGUCGAGAGACCGAUUACCGGCGCUAUCAACAACAGGGUGAUUACGGAGCUGGCUUUGAGGAGCGCACGGAUACAAGGCAGAUUUACGGAGGCGGCUUUGAACGGACUAAUGAAAGGAUCUACGAGACGCCUGAUGUGGUCGAGACAGAGACGUGGCGUGAGGGUCGAACGGCCGAUGGUCGACAUUACCACGAAUCGCACCCAGAGUUCCAGAGGGAGAGGAGAGGAAGUGGGAGCUCAAGCGGUAGUAGUCGACAUGGCAAGCAUGGCAAACAUGGCAAGCAUCACAAGAAGCAUCACAGUCACAGCAGCAAUAGUGAAGACGGGGAUGUCCCGCAGGCCUAUGUACCACCCGGCGGCUUUGGAGAGGGACGCAGGGAAACGUUCGAGGAGAGGAGACACGAGCGAGAAUUCGAGGCCGAGCCUGCCUAUGAAUACGAAGCCCCUAGGCGGCAGCCCAGCAGGGAGAGGUUCGAAGAGCCCCCUAGGAGAUUCGAGGAGCAGCGCGGGUACGGCAGCGGUGGGUAUGGCGAGACCUAUGAGGCCCCGAGACGGGAGUACGGAGACGCGGGUUAUGGCGGGCGUGAGUUCGCGGAUGAGGCGGGGUGGGGGGAGAGGAGGAGGGAAGAGGAGCGUGAGGAGGAAUAUCGAGAGGAACUCCAGGAGGAGUACAGAGAGGAGGAAGAAUAUCGGGAGGAGAGGCGAGGGGGUAGCGGUUGGUUUGAUUGA